AUGGCGCGACGAUACGAUAUCGAUGAGCUGCUAUGGCUGCGCUCAUCACCACUGGCAACGAGGCCAGCUAAUCUGCCUCCGGCGGAGGACUGGAUGGGACCGCCCCCUGAUCGUACAGCUCAACGAAAUACAAACAAUAACCAUAACGAAACGUCAUCUCGGCGGCCAAGCCUUUUCGAGAAUCGUCAUAUUUCUCGCAAUUCAAAUUCAGAGGAUAUCGUCCUGGGACCCCCGAAAACUGCCUUCGCUUCCGCAUCUCGCAUAGCCGGUAAAGGCUCGAUAGACGCCACAGAACGGGGAUCUAUCAGACAUGGAGAAUCGGAUGAUCCGAAGAAUGACCGUCUCAACUUCCGAGACAAGUUUUUCAAAGAACGCGAUGCUGGCGACAGAGACUUUGCGGGACGUGAGGGAAAGAUGGGAACGUUCAAUAACCGACGAGGAGAGAAGGAGGACUGGAACAACGGCCGCCCUCGCCGCAAUCUAGGCCAAGAAGAACGGGAUGGGAAACCAAAACGCAACGGAGAAUUUGAUAGGUGGGAACCUCGUGAUCCCCGAGACCCGAAUGCUGAGCGUGGUGCAAAGGACAAGGAUGGCCGCUUCUUCCCUCGCCGAGAGGUGCCACCGAGCCGUGCUAGACAUGAAGCGAGUUGGUUCCGUGACGAUAACCCAGAAGAUGCACCUGAAACUCAAGAAGAGAAAGCUUCUGUGCGCAGCCGGGACUGGCGCCGUGACAGACAUGGUGCUGAUCGUGACUGGACCCGAGGUGCGAAGCUGGAACAAGAGCCUGAAUGGCUCGAUGCGAAUGACCGGGAUGAACCACGAAGAGUGCACACGCAAGAAGAUUUUGAGCGAUGGAAGGAGAAAAUGAAGGCUGGAUCUUCCCAAGCCCAGCCGGAAGAAAGCAAAGAAUCUUACAUUGCGCAGACUUCUGAAGCCGCACAGAAAACAGAGACAAGACCUACCGAUGGCGAGAUUUUUAGCCCUACUGGCGCAGCACUCCACGAUACAACAAUGGAGCGAUUUUUUGGCUUGUUGGGCGAGACAAAACCUGCCCAAGACAUGGCACCGCCCGUUCCGGCUGAGCCAUUGGUGAAAAAGGAACAACCGCCUUUGGCGAAACCAGGAAAAUCCUCCCGCUUUGCAGGCCUAUUCAGUCCCCCGAUAGGUAGCCCUGCAAAGGAGCCCGAGUCACCAAUAAGCACGAAGUCUCCUGCUCCCAUGAACCCAUCCACUGAUGCCGACCAAGAAGGCUUCCAGCGUAUCCUGCAAAUGCUUGGUGGGGGUAGGUCGCAUAACUCUACGCCCCAUAAUGACUCCGUGCAAAAUCUUGGAUCAUCCAGCCAUGCUUCCUCUCUACUCCACGCGGAGCAAACCCGAAGCCCGAUCUCUCCUUCACGAGAGCCGGGCCAACGGCCAGAGCAAAUGCCUAUUCAAGAUCCUGCUGCACGGGUCACGGACCCUUCACUGAAGGAGAAUUUCUAUAACCAGGAGCCUCAAGGACGAGACAGCCAGCACUUGCUUCGACUGAUGCAACAAGUCAGAGUGAGCCCUGUCGCUGGCCCGAAUCAGGGUCCUCAGGGCCAGCCCCAUAGCGCCGGACCUGCUCCUGGGUUGAUGAAUCUGCCUGACGGCAUGCCUCAUCCCCCGGGAAUUGGACCUGGCAUGAAGGGACCACCUGGCUUCCUGGAUGAUCCCGCAAUCGCGACGAUGCAGAGACCUGACGUAGACCAGCUUCGACGACGACCUACCAACGGGCCACCCAUUGGCUACUUUGAUGACGUUCCGUUCCCCCAGGGAGCCCAGGUUCCCAUCACUCCUGGUGGAACCCGUGCACCUCAAGGCCAAGCUCCGCCCAUGGGCAUUCAACGUCCACCCGGCUUUGAGCACAUGCCCCCUCCCGGAUGGGCUGGACACCACCUGUCUCCACAACAAGCCGGCCCACCUGGACCUUUGGCUCCUCCGCCAGGAAUUCCAACGCCGAGCAGGGGCGUUAACCCUGGAUAUAUGCCAAAUGUGAUGCCGCCAAUGCCUGGAAAUUUGCCAAUGAACGAGCGUCAGCCUUUCCCUCGUGGGCCCCCUCCACCUGGAAUGAUGCCGCCUCCUGGUUAUAUGAACGGUCCUCCUCCCGGCGGCUUUCCCCCGAUGCCACACAACGGAGAGAACCUGAUGGGUCCUUUUGAGGGGAAUCCCGGUAUCCAAGGGGCACCAAGCUCUAGGCACUUGCUUGACAUGUUCGGGCAAGCUGGUGUUGAUACGAGGGGUGGCAUGAUUGGACCCAGGCAAUUCCGGUAA